AUGCCAGCGCGGAAGGUUCUCGCAUCCUGGGCGGCGCUCUACAAUGGGUCAUUUGGAGGACUGGAGGAUAAGUUAUCGGGAACGCAUUGGAUCGUGGCUCUUCUGUUCUUCGGGUUGAUUGCAGAGAGAAUAAUUAUCAGCGCAAUUGGCAAUCUAUACGAGAUCACCCCAACCCGGACAGUCAAAAUGCAGACGGAAUGGCCCAUGUUUCCGUACAACCUCUCCGACGGUCAAUAUGAUCCAAACAAUGUCAAUGAUAUCUUGCAGUUGAAUAUAAACGGGGGGAUGUGCUCUCAAAUGCAGCAAGAUGGGAUAAUACCCGACCCGCAAGUCAACGUGACUUGUGACGACAAUGGAUGUGUAGGAAAGGGGUUUGGAGCGAUACAUCCUCUGUCUAGUGUGGCCUACGGCUUACACCCGCCGAAGUUUGACAAUAGCAAUCUCGUCGUAGGCGACCGGAUCCAGGGAAGAUCCUUAGCGGCUAUUGCGACUGUGAAAUGCAGCACGGAGGAUGCGACUUUUGACGUUGAGCGCAGAGCCCCCCCAGCUUGGCUGGUGUCGCUGGUGGGAGUGUCAAUGAACACGACCGACGGGCGUGCGCUCAUUGGAGGCGAUAGCAACAACGGCAUCACGUUCAAUCUCGCAAAUGUGUCCUAUCCCGAAUUGGGUCUUCUACCUGUGGCCACCCUGGAUAGUGACAAUCCCGUCACUGAUUCCUCGGGGCGAUUCCAGUUCGUAGUCUUUCACAAAGGGUUAUCUCAAAACCCCAGAGGUUUCGUCGAGUUCGAAGACCCAUCCGGUCACGGCACGAUUGGGGUGACCUUAUGUAGCGUCGCAAUGGAGACAGGCGACGCGGAUAUCGAAGUCAAAAUGAUGUCGUUGCUGCCCAUCGCGACGGUGGCGCUGACGGAAAGUACCCUGCUGAGUGUGAAACAGGAGAUUCCGGUCGGAUGGCCAAGCCGGAAUCGGGGUGUUCUAGAUGUGAUGCGCUCGAUAUCGUAUUGGGCUUCAUGCUACUUCUCAUACUGCCCUUCAACGCCCCAUACCGUCCCGAGUUUUGACCUCGGGUGCAGACUUUUGCCCGACUUGCCCGUUGAAGGACAGUUCGAUUUUCAGAAUAUGCUCGGCCAAGCAGUCAGGUCCAUUGUCAAGAUGGAAAUCAUGGGAAUUGUUGCCAUAAUGGCCGAGGCUUCGCGAAACAUGAAGGUCCCCGACGUUACCCCUGCGAUAGUUUUCACAGAAAGCGAGUAUAGUCGCCUAGAGACGACGGACUCUUGCGUGCGCAUUCUCCUUAUCGGCGCUGGUACUUCCUUGAGCCUAAUUGUGCUGCACAUUACGACUUUUGUCUUAUCGCGCAAGUCGCCCGCGAUUCGGCGCGGUCUACAUAUGACGGAGAGCAUAUACAGUCUCCUCGCUGUCUUCGACAAGAAUCUCGUUGGCAUCGACAACAAACAGUUCAACUCUUCCUCUUUCGACAUAGUUGAUCCCAUCAACGUGAGGCAAGGCAUGCGGCGGCAUACCCUCAAACUUGAUGAUGACAAGCUUAUGCUUCAUAAGCAUGGUGGAAAGACGGACAAAAAUCGACUGACUAUAUCAAAGAGUGUGCUUUAUGAGGAAGUCGAGGCAUCGUGUAAUACUCAGGGGUCCGCGGAGGAAGGAACUAUGCAUGCUAAACCCUUAUAG